AUGCUCUCUCCCCAAUAUUCCCAAACGUUAUCCCUGGAGAGGACAUUCGCUGCCAGCGGGACAGGUGUCAAGACACGUUCCAAAGAACGAUUCGACCACAUCUUUGACCAACUCAACUUGCGGGAGAAGACUGCCCUAUUGGAGAACUCGUCGAGGAUAGGCCGUGCGUGGCUGGCAACUCUACCACUUUAUCCCAGCCUACGCUCGACCGAUACCAAUGUGACGGUCGGUCUUCUCUACCGUACCCUCAUUUUCGGACACGGCCCACCAUGCCAAUUUGGCCAUUCCGGGCACGGCGGGUCGAAAUGA